AUGCCAUGCGUCAUCCUUCCUUUCAACAUCACAACGACCCAAAAGUUCGAAGAGAUGCCCCACACAUUACCUUAUAAUCGCUCUCGACAGAGGUCAUGCGUCGCAUGUGCUGGAGGGAAGCGGCGCUGCGACCGCCAAACUCCGCAGUGCUCACGGUGUCUUGCCCGCGGGCUGGAAUGUAUCUACAUCAGAGGACUGCGCCAACAGCAAAGACCACAGUCUCCCAGAUCUCUCCCGAUCGAGCCAUCAUCAUCACCCUCACUGACUGAUAUUCUUGCACCCUUUCCGCCAGAUGAUUUCACUUUAUUUGAUAAUGCGGAAUUAAUCGCCUCGUGGCUUACCCCUAGCCCUUCCUUACUCGCCGUCCCAACAUUGCUCCCAGCUGGCGAUUUCCCAGAGACCUCUGUUAUCGACAGGUGGUCAACAAAGCAGCUUCUGCAGAGCAUCAAGAGCUAUCCGCGGAUGUUUGCUCGCUCCCGGAGAACUUCAUUCAUUCAUCAUCGCUUAUACGACGUAUACCUCCCAGAAGCGAUUCAAGAUGCCUUCACCGUGUCCGCUUCCUACUAUACUAAGACAGCAGCGACCGAAGAUACGAUAUUACGUAUCGUGGAAGCCAAAACCGCAACUCUCAUAAGACAGAAUCACCAAGAAAACACCCUCGAAGAGCUUCUCGCGGCAGUACAGGCCUUACUGAUAUUCCACAUCAUCCAGCUUUUUGACGGUGACGUCCGACAACGCUCAAUAGCGGAACGGAAUAUGGACACCUUACGAGCCUGGACCAUGCAGUUACAAGUUCGUGCCGGCGAACUAGGCCCCACGCCAACAUGGCAAGAAUGGAUCCUCGCAGAGAGUAUUCGGAGAACUAUCAUCAUUUCUAUACUCAUCGAAGUGGGGCAUUGUACGAUUGUUCGGGCAUUGAGUGUACUGCCCUUCACAUCCGGGGCUGCUCUGUGGAAUCUGACUACGGAUGCUUCGUGGCUCGCUCAGUCGCAUCGUUUGGGCUCGGACACAGUACUUUAUGGAGACUUUGCAAGAGCCUUUGAGAACGGGCGAGUCUUGGGGAAGUUGGACGAAUUUGAAAAAACACUGCUUGCCCCUUGUAUGGGUGAGAGGUAUAGAGAAAUGUUGACGCUGGAGGAUCAAUGGUGUGGCUAG